UUCUCUACACCAGCUUCUACUAUAUCUCCCUCCUCUUUCCCAUCUCCUCUUUCCCCUAACCCUAACCCUAACUCCGACGAUGCACUCGUCAGAAGCCGACGUGUCAGGUGGCGCACAACCUACGCGGCGAGGCCCGGCAAAGAAGCGCGGCAACUACAACUGCGGCCGAUGCGGCCUACCAAAGAAGGGUCAUGUGUGCCCCUCCUCGCCCCCACCAGCUCUUCCCCCGCGAUCCGAUCAUCGCCUUCGUCGCGCGCUGUCCUUUGACGAGGAGAUUGCAGCUGUGACCACCCCGCAGCCGGAGGCGGCGGGGAUGGCGUUUGCGGCUGAGGAUGAUGAGGAGGAGAUGGUGGAUGUUGGCGGAGGUUUUGCUCUGCCGGAAUCGUGCCUGGCGAGGGUUUUUCGACGGCUGUCUCCGAAGGAGCUGAUGGGAUCGGCGCUGGUGUGCCGGGGGUGGAGGGAGUGCGUGAGGAGGGUGUGGAUCACAGCUGAGGAGAUCAGGGUUAGAGUUUCGCAGGUCAGAUUUGUGGGAUCGGUGCUGCACAAGUGCGUUAACCUCGCUCGGCUCUCGUUGAUUAUGGAAAGUGAUGCUGAUUCAACAGUGCUAGCUUGUGUUGCAUUCUCAUGUCCCAACUUGGAAUAUCUUGAAAUCAGUCUUGCAAAAAACGCUGUCAACCGAAUAACUGGAGAUGAGCUGGGCCGUUUUGUUGCCGAAAGGCGGAAUCUUUCGGUUCUUAAAGUUGCAGGAUGCACCAACCUCGGCUUUUUGAACAUCAGUUCUUCCAGUUUGUCAACACUAUGGCUUUCAGACCUUUAUUGCGUAUCUAGAGUGGUUCUGCACUGUCCAAAUCUGAAAGAGCUUUCUUUAGAUUUUAUUCCUAAAGCAAAUGAUUCCACCGAUCUCGUUAACAUGAUGGAUUCGCUCGGGCGUGGUUGUCAAAGUUUAAGAAAAAUUCAUAUUGCAUCAGCAUUACUUUGUAAUGAUUCUGUUCGUGCUUUGUCGGAUGCGAAUAUUAGGGGUUUGCGCAUGUUGUCCUUGAUUCUUGGCUCAAGAAUCACAGACGCAUCAGUGGCUGCAAUAAUUGCAUGCUACACAAAUCUUGAAUUGCUUGAUUUGAGUGGAUCAAGCAUUAGUGACAACGGUGUAGGAAUGAUAUGUAACGCAUUGCCUAGAACUUUGUCUAGGCUCCUCCUUGCUGUGUGUCCAACCUUAACUUCAAGCGGAAUUCAAUUUGCCACUGCGCAAUUGCCACUUCUUACACUAUUGGAUUGUGGCAUGAGUAUCUGUGAUUCCAGUUACGACGAUCAAGAUCCUCAAGAUGGCAUGAUCAAGAUUGAUGAGAAGGACUUAGAAAGUAGGAGAUGUCGAAGUCUACUUGCUAAAAAAUCAAAUUCUAUGCAUCAAAAGCUACUAAUCAAGCACGAGCGUUUAAAGAAACUUAGUCUAUGGGGCUGUUCAGGAUUAGAUGCUCUAUAUCUCAACUGCCCAGAACUUGUUGAUCUUAAUCUCAAUUCUUGUACAAAUCUGCAUCCUGAGAGAUUAUUGCUUCAGUGCCCAAACUUGAGAAAUGUUCAUGCUUCUGGAUGUCAAGACAUGCUAAUUGGAGCAGUUCGAAAUCAGGUUCUCAAUGAGUUUACUGCUGUAGAGAAUCAGUUUUCGCUAAAGCGUUUGGCUGAUGGCUCCAAGAGAGUUCAACUUCCCCGCUUCCUCCCACAAGCCCUAUAUGAGGAUGAGAAAAGGAAAAAGAUACGACCAUCGCAGUGCAUGCUCCAUUUAAAUGAGAAAUUGUGACCUGGCUUCUUUUUCAAAUUGUUAUUUUUUAUAAAAAUGGCAAAUUGGUGGACUGUAAAGUAUAAAAUCUGAGUUGUCUGUAGCCCAAUAAAAUAAAAAAGCCCACCUUAUCUUUGGUCUUUGUUUCAGAAUUUCUCUUUU